AUGUCACAGAGCACCAAGUGGAAUCCGUCCAAGUCGAAGAAUAAUCCGUCAAAGAACAACAAUUCGUCAAAGAACAAUAAUUCGUCCAAAAACAGUAAUCCGUCGAAAAAACCUGUACACUCGAAACAGGAUAACCUUGUAAAUUCAGUCAGUCGCAGCAAAUCGAAUUCAACGAUGAACCGUGAGAAUAAGAACAGGAAGAACUCGAAGCACAAAUUGAAAUCGAAGUAUCUGUCGAGAAGCAAGACACCUAGCGACGAACGACUGUCGUCCAUGGAAAUGAUAGGAAAUUGGGAGCUCGAAGAUAGAGCGAGAAUGUCAGAAGCGUCGCAGACUACGAACGAUCCAAAAUCGGCGGUGGUGAUGGAAUAUUCAACGGUACAAAAGAUCGUCCAGAUUUUAGACAAUGACGCUGAUCUUAUUGCCACGAAAAUGGCCAUGAAAGAUCUUAAUGCUAAGCAAAACGCGGAAGAGAAGAAAGUACCGAUUUCGAAUCUGAUGGAAUCGCAAUUUGACCAUCAAUCUAUAUCUGAAUACACGCCUCAGGAACAGUAUAAUUGA